AUGGGAUUUUUUGACGAUCCGCGUAGAAAUUCGAUUCGCGCAAGAACGAAAACACCAUUGGUUAGUGAUUAUCUUAUAAGAAGCGAGGUUUCUGAUUAUAAAAGAAUAAGAUUGCUAAUAAACACAAUUGUUGGGAUUGUGUUAUGUUCGGCACUUUAUUAUAUUGGAUGGCAGAACCUAAAUUUUGGAGCGUUUGACGAGACUUAUUCCUCGAUUAUAAAAUGGGCUAUUAUUGGAUUUACCACCUAUGCGUUUGCUGUGAGCCCGAUAUUCCGUUGCGCGCUUUUAUUAGUAUUUGUCGGAGCUAUUGGAAAACAAGGGCAAUACCCGUUCACUCUUUUAAUUGUCAAUAAUCUUCAUGAAGGCCCUUUGAAUAAUAUGAUAGCAAAUUACGAAAUGACAUCGGAUAUCGUCAUGUGUCAUUUGGAACUUCAAUCGAAAAUCGUUGGCAAUCGAGUCACAUUACUCACGGGCCCCAUUGAGCAGGUCAUAGAGAAGUUUGUGGCAAAAGGCACCCGGGCAAUGAAGAAAGUGUCGAGAGAAACUCGAGAAAUGCUUGCACCGUUUAUUGAAUUCCUGUCGGAGAAAAAUUUUAAUUUUAAUGCGAAUGAAGUGAAAUCAAACGAACAAACAUUGAAAAUUGAAGAAAGAAAACUGAAAAUGAUGAAAUUAUGGGAAAAAUCUUUGGGCCGAAAGUUAGAGCCUGACGAAGAAGCCGCCUCCGACGUUUUACCUCCGGAAAAUCUUAUAGAGAAUGUUUCGAUUAGCGAUCCUCCUUCUUGGACAAAAUUUAAAUCAAACUCCAUUCGAAAUUUUGGAAUGAAAUUAUCCAUGGAAUGUGAUGAAAUGUUCAAUAAUGGAAUAAGCAAAUGCCGAGACAUGUCAUCAGAACUUACAGAAACUUGCAAAAAAGCUAUUGUAUGGCCGAUUGAUUGGUUCAUAUGCCCUAAAUUGAAUAUUGAUAACAUUUGUAAUAAUGUUGAGCGUAAGGUUCAAGCAACUAAUGUUUGUCGGAGGCAACUGGAAAAAUCUGACAUUGAUCCUUCUGUUGAAAAUGAUCUUACAAGUGUUUUGAAUUUAACUAAAGAAUUAGAUGACAAUACUAAAAUUGAGAUGCAUUCAAUUCGUGUGGAGACCCCACGAGUUGAAAUUGAAUACCGUCUAUCUGAUAUGAAAAUUCAAGCGCGAACAACAAAAAUUUAUCUCAAGAAUAUUAUGACGAUUUCGAAACAAGUCCUUCAAGCGUUUUUCAUUUAUUUCGUUUAUUCAAUUUUCUACGAUGCAGUUAAGAUGAUUCGAAAUUACAACAAUGAUGUUGAGUUUAAUAAUUGUUUCAUAACAAGCGAUUUUUGGAUCAUUGAUGAACAAGCAGGAAAAAAGAGAUUGGAAGAUUAUGAAUAUCUACAGGUAUCUUUUAAUAUACCGACAUACUACAAACAUUUUUUUUUUCGUUUUCCCACCAAAGCUGAACGCUCCAAAGCCGUUCGGCCAUUUUUCAAAUGGUUUGCCAUUGUUUUAACUGUCCUCGUAGUUAUUAUCAUGGACUAUUACCUUUAUUCAUUUUUGGACUCUGUUGUCCAAAGUGCUCGACAGCAAAUCAAACAAAAGACGAGCUCAUCUGCUGGUGUUCGAAUUACAGGGGAAGGAGUUCUCGCUGAGUUUCUACAAGCAAUGACUAAUUCCAACGAAACUGUUGAAAUUGAUCAGACUUUGUCCAACGAACACUGCCUUUUAAGGCCAACUCCACCAAACCUUAACAUAAUAGUCUAUUGGCUUUUUAUUCCUUUAGUCUUAUCAUUUAUGUUCCAGGUUGUUUUUUCAUUUGCAAUUCGCCGAAUUAUUUUAAACUUCUUCUUGCCUUAUAUGUUCCCAAAAAAGUCUCGCGUUCGACUUAUUUAUUUAUAUAAUAAACUUUUGUUAAAUCGAGAACGUAAAAAUAAAGAAAAUCGUGCUCGUCUGAGGUUUAUAACAGAGAGAAGAAAAUUUGAUUUGGCAAAAAUGCGAGAAAUUGACAGUAAAUGCAAUUGGAUUAGGAGAAAUAUUUUUCACAGGAUUUUCAAAACCGCAAAAUGUCUUCAAUGUCUUGAGAAAACAUAUCGCCACAAAUUGAUGUAUUGCGUUGACAGUUUGUGCCAGGCAACAUUCUGCAAAGAUUGCAUCACUGAUAACGCCGGGUAUUGUUAUGCGUGCAUGGUAUCAAAAGGCGAUGUGAACGAGGAGAAAACCCAAAUUAUGGCAAUAAAAACGGAUAUUGCCAAUAAUUUUGUUGAAUAUAAAGCACAUCUCGCUAAUAUUAAGAAUAAUACGACAUAA